AUGGGCAAGUCCGAGUCCGACCACUACAAGACGCUGGGGCUCCGGCGAGACGCCAGCAAGGCCCAGGUCAAGGCCGCCUUCUCCCGCCUCGCCCUCCUCCACCACCCCGACCGCCACGCCCGCGCCGACGCCGCCACCCGCGCCGAAGCCACCCGCCGCUUCCGCCUGGCCUACGACGCCUACCACGUCCUCUACGACGACACCCGCCGCGCCGAGUACGACCUCCGCACCGCCCCCUCCCCCUCCUCGGCUUGGAGUCGCUUCGGGUACGGCGGCGGCAAGUCCCGCUCCUCCUCCUCCUCGGCCUCGACCUCGAGUGGCGAUAGGUAUGGCGGGACCUCCUCCUCCUCGUCCUCCCCGGAUCCGGGUCGCCACAGGUACCGCCACGGCGGCUACCAGGACUGGCCUUCCGCGACGCAGAGGGGAAACGAAAGUCUGGGCGUUUGGAUGAGGGCGAAUUGGUGGCCCUUGCUCUACUGUGCACUGAGGGCCGUAGAACUUGUGGUAGAUGGCUGCAGGAAGUAUAAUACCUGGAAAUCAUCAAGGAAGGAGUCGAUAGAGAAGGAAGCAGCAAAGUCAAAAGAGAAGAUGGGCGAUGAGCCGUUGGAAGAGGAAGAGUAUGUAGUAGUCUAGCUUCACAUGCCUGUGCAAAGUGUGAGAGAGCAAUGUUCAAGGUUGUUACUCUUGCCGUUCUCUGAAACCCUGUGACACAUGCCAUGAGAGAUGGAAUCUAUUGUAAGUCAUGACUAACUAGAUUCCGCUGGGGAAAACGUAUUUUCUGUCUCAAAAGAUCAGGGAAUGUUAGCUAAAGGAGUAGUACUAUGCUAUGCUCUGCCACGGGGAAUAGUCCUUGUUUGGAUUUCGUCGCCUUCUAAGCAAUUUAAGAUUUCUGUUACGAGCUCAGAAAGUAAUGUAUGUCAUGGAUGUGACUCCCUCA